AGGAGGACAAGAUGUCGUCGGUUAAGGUGGCGGUGCGAGUGCGCCCCUUUAACUCGCGCGAAAUAGCCAGGGAGUCGAAAUGCAUCAUCGAGAUGGCAGGGGCCACAACGGCCAUCACCAAUCCAAAGGUGCCGCCCAACACAAGCGACUCAGUGAAGCGCUUCAACUUUGAUUACUCCUACUGGUCACAUGAUCACCACGAUGCCGAUUUCUCCACACAAGAGAUGGUCUACAAGGACAUUGGCGAGGAGAUGCUGCAGCACUCCUUCGAUGGCUACAAUGUCUGUAUCUUUGCCUAUGGCCAGACUGGCGCUGGAAAAUCGUAUACUAUGAUGGGCAGGCAGGAGGAACAGCAGGAGGGAAUAAUACCCAUGAUAUGCAAGGAUCUAUUCACUCGCAUCCAGGAUACGGAGACCGAUGACCUCAAGUAUUCGGUUGAGGUUUCGUAUAUGGAAAUCUAUUGCGAGCGAGUCAGGGAUCUGCUGAAUCCCAAGAACAAGGGCAAUCUGCGUGUGAGGGAGCAUCCCCUUCUGGGUCCCUAUGUGGAGGACCUUUCCAAAUUGGCCGUCACUGAUUACCAGGACAUUCAUGAUCUCAUUGAUGAAGGCAACAAGGCUCGGACUGUGGCAGCCACCAACAUGAACGAAACCAGUUCCCGUUCCCAUGCUGUCUUUACCAUCUUCUUUACCCAACGUCGUUAUGACACCAUGACCGAUUUGACCACAGAGAAGGUCUCCAAGAUCAGCUUGGUGGAUUUGGCUGGCUCGGAGCGAGCUGAUUCCACUGGUGCUAAGGGAACCCGCUUGAAGGAGGGUGCCAACAUCAACAAGUCUUUGACCACUUUGGGCAAAGUUAUCUCAGCUCUAGCGGAGGUGUCUGCUUCCAAGAAAAAGAACACCAAGAAGGCAGACUUCAUUCCCUAUCGCGAUUCGGCCUUGACCUGGCUGCUACGUGAAAACUUGGGAGGUAACUCCAAGACAGCUAUGAUUGCAGCUAUCUCACCAGCAGAUAUUAACUACGAUGAAACACUCAGCACACUGCGCUAUGCGGAUCGUGCUAAGCAAAUUGUUUGCAAGGCUGUGGUCAAUGAGGAUGCCAAUGCCAAGCUUAUUCGCGAACUUAAGGAGGAAAUCCAGAAGCUGCGGGACUUACUCAAGGCCGAGGGCAUCGAGGUACAAGAAGGACCCGAUGGCAAAGUGGUGUGUGAGAAGCGCGAUGCGAAUAAGGAUGAGCUCACCAAGUCCACGGUGAUCAAGUCGCCCUCUAAGACCCGUAAUCGCAAUGGAUCCACCACGGAGAUGGCAGUGGAUCAGCUGCAGGCCAGCGAGAAACUCAUUGCAGAACUUAACGAGACCUGGGAGGAGAAACUCAAGCGCACCGAGGAGAUUCGUGUGCAGCGAGAGGCGGUCUUCGCCGAGAUGGGCGUGGCCGUCAAGGAGGACGGCAUCACGGUGGGCGUAUUCUCGCCCAAGAAGACCCCUCACCUGGUCAACCUAAACGAGGAUCCCAAUCUCUCCGAGUGUCUGCUGUACUACAUCAAGGAGGGCUUAACUCGUCUGGGCACCCACGAAGCCAAUGUUCCCCAGGACAUUCAGCUCUCCGGAUCGCACAUCCUCAAGGAGCACUGCACUUUUGAGAAUAGAAACAGCACGGUGACCCUGCUGCCGCACAAGGAUGCCAUUAUCUAUGUGAACGGACGCAAGUUGGUGGAACCGGAGGUUCUGAAGACCGGUUCCCGUGUGAUCCUGGGCAAGAACCAUGUGUUCCGCUUCACCAAUCCGGAACAGGCACGCGAGCUGCGUGAGAAGAUCGAGACCGAGAACGAGGCGGAGAACGAGGUGGAGAAGACGGACACCCAGCAGGUGGACUGGAACUUUGCACAGUGCGAAUUGCUCGAGAAGCAGGGCAUAGAUCUCAAGGCCGAAAUGAAGAAGCGUUUGGACAACCUGGAGGAGCAGUACAAGCGGGAGAAACUUCAGGCCGACCAGCAGUUCGAGGAGCAGCGGAAGACCUACGAGGCUCGCAUCGAUGCUCUGCAGAAGCAGGUGGAGGAGCAAUCGAUGACCAUGUCGAUGUAUAGCAGCUACUCUCCGGAGGACUUCCACCAGGAGGAGGAUGUCUACACCAAUCCCAUGUACGAGUCCUGCUGGACAGCCAGAGAGGCGGGUUUGGCUGCGUGGGCCUUCCGAAAGUGGAGGUACCACCAGUUCACCUCUUUACGAGACGAUCUCUGGGGCAAUGCCAUUUUCCUCAAGGAAGCUAAUGCCAUUUCGGUCGAGUUGAAGAAAAAGGUGCAAUUCCAAUUUACUCUCUUGACCGACACCUUGUACUCUCCUUUGCCACCCGAGUUGGCCUCCAGUGUGGCUCCUUUGCAUCAGGACGAUGAGUUCGGGGCACCACCCGUCUCCAAAACUCUGGUGGCCGUCGAAGUCACCGAUACCAAGAACGGAGCCACUCACCACUGGUCCCUGGAGAAGCUACGGCAACGCUUGGAGCUGAUGCGUGAGAUGUACCACAACGAGGCCGAGAUGAGUCCCACUUCGCCCGACUACAAUGUGGAGAGCCUCACCGGCGGCGAUCCCUUCUACGAUCGCUUCCCCUGGUUCCGCAUGGUGGGUCGCUCCUUCAUCUAUCUGAGCAACCUACUCUAUCCAGUGCCCUUGGUCCACAAAGUGGCCAUUGUCAAUGAGCGCGGAGAUGUGCGUGGCUACCUGAGGAUUGCCGUGCAGCCCGUUCUGGAUGAGGAGUCCAUUGAUUUCAACAACGGCGUGAAGCAGUCGGCUCGCUUGGUCUUCAACGAGGAUGAUGCCAAGCCCAAGUACCGAGCUCUCAACGAAAAGGACGAUGUGCAGCGUUAUAUUGACAAUGGUGGCUUGGACACCAAGCUGGAGGAACUUGAGGAUGUGGAUUCUGGUCGUGGCAUUGACUCCAACUCGGCUUCCGAGUGCCAUGAGAAUGCCGAGGAGCCAGGCGAGCACCUGCAGGUGGGCAAGGAGUUCACCUUCCGGGUCACCGUUCUCCAGGCCACUGGCAUUGGCGCCGAAUAUGCUGAUAUCUUCUGUCAGUUCAACUUCUUGCAUCGUCAUGAGGAGGCUUUCUCCACCGAACCGGUGAAGAAUUCCGCAUCGGGAGCUCCUCUUGGCUUCUACCAUGUGCAGAACAUUACUGUACCCGUGACCAAAUCGUUUAUCGAGUAUCUGAAGACUCAGCCCAUAAUGUUCAAGAUCUUCGGCCACUACCAGACGCACCCAUUGCACAAGGAUGCCAAGCAGGAGUUCGUUUCCCGGCCACCACCACGUCGCAUGUUGCCGCCGAGCAUUCCGAUUAGCCAGCCGGUGCGGAGUCCCAAGUUUGGACCACUACCCUGUGCGCCCACGUCCACGGUUCUGGCCAAGCACGAUGUCCUGGUUUGGUUCGAGAUCUGUGAAUUGGCUCCCAACGGAGAAUAUGUGCCAUCGGUGGUGGAGCACAGCGACGAUCUUCCCUGUCGAGGACUUUUCCUCUUGCACCAGGGCAUCCAGCGACGCAUUCGCAUUACCAUCGUCCAUGAGCCCACAACGGAAAUCAAGUGGAAGGACAUCAAUGAACUGGUGGUGGGACGCAUCCGCAACACUCCGGAGUCGUCCGAUGAGCAGGACGAAGACGCCUGCGUCCUGUCGCUGGGCCUGUUCCCCGGCGAGGCUCUGGAGGUGCCCGGAGACGAUCGAUCUUUCUACCGCUUCGAGGCCGCCUGGGACUCGAGCCUGCACAACUCGGCGCUGCUCAACCGCGUCUCCCAGGGCGGUGAGACCAUCUACAUCACCCUGAGCGCUUACUUGGAGUUGGAGAACUGCGCCCGCCCGGCCAUUAUUACAAAGGACCUGAGCAUGGUCAUCUACGGCCGCGAUGCUCGCACCGGUCCGCGCUCCCUGAAGCACCUGUUCUCGGGACAGUACCGCAAUCCGGAGGCCAACCGGCUCACCGGAGUCUACGAGCUGGCACUGCGCAGAGCAUCCGAAGCAGGUAGUCCAGGUGUGCAGAGGCGCCAGCGUCGAGUGCUGGACACCAGCUCCACUUAUGUGCGCGGCGAGGAGAACCUGCACGGCUGGCGGCCAAGAGGUGACUCGCUGAUCUUCGACCACCAGUGGGAGCUGGAGAAACUGACCCGGCUGGAGGAGGUGGGUCGCAUGCGGCACCUGCUGCUGCUGCGCGAGCGUCUGGGCAUGGACACCAACCCCAAUCCGACCACCAAGACCGAGAAGGAUGUUUGCAAUCUGGCCGCCCGGGCAGCCACCUCACCCGUACACAUGGUCAUUCCGCAAUCGCCGCAGACGCCGGUCAAGGAUCCGCAGCAAAUCAUUCCAGAGCGGGAGUACAACCAGCGGGAGCAGGACCUGAUGCUCAAGUGCUUGAAGUUGGUGCAGGGACGCUACACCAAGAGCGAGGCGAACGAGGCGCAAACCCAGUCGGAUGUUUCGCCCAGCGAUGAGGGAUGUGCCGACAUGACCGUCAGCUGCAUCUCCAGCAAUUCCAUGGAAAACAACAAAUUUGUAAUUCGACGCAGAUUGUGUUCUCCGGACCGGGCUGAUGCUCCCAACGGCUGGGAGGCACCUGCUCCGGCUACCCAGCCGGCCCUUCCCCUCCGCCUUUAUGUGCCGGAGCUGGAAGAGAUUCGCGUGAGUCCUGUGGUGGCCCGCAAGGGUCUGUUGAACGUCCUGGAGCAUGGCGGUUCCGGCUGGAAGAAGCGCUGGGUGAUUGUCCGUCGCCCGUAUGUGUUUAUCUACCGCUCGGAGAAGGAUCCCGUGGAACGGGCUGUCCUUAAUCUGGCCACUGCUCAUGUGGAGUGCAGCGAGGAUCAGGCGGCCAUGGUCAAGAUACCCAACACAUUUAGUGUGGUGACCAAACAUCGCGGCUACCUGCUGCAGACCCUUGGCGACAAGGAAGUGCACGACUGGCUGUACGCCAUUAAUCCAUUGCUGGCUGGACAGAUUAAAUCCCGCUUGGCGCGGCGAACUUUGGAGCCGGCCAGCCAGACGGCCUCCCAGAUUCAGGCCACUAAUGCGGUGAAUGCCAACAGUGCGAGCAAAUGAGAUACGAUCACGAUGGAGUCCGUUUUGGUUUACUGAGACGCAGGCUAUGGCUGGCUGCAGCGCCUGAAUAUCGCCCGACGACUGGUCAGGCGGAGAUCGCAACCAAUGGCAGGGGCAGCAGCUGGCAACUGAGUGACAUGGCUUGGAGGAUUCCAUCGGAAGUAGGAAAUAGAUGAUUGUUGCUAGGGCAAAGCUGGGGAAGCAAAUUAAAAUCGAAUGAAGAAAUCACAGAUUGUGAGAGGAGUUAAACCAAAUGCAAAGCGUACGUAAUUAUUAAGUAGUUCAACAACCAGUUUAUGGAUUAUUAUGUAUUUCGUGAUUAGUUGGCCACCGCCGCAAGAGUAGGCAUUAGCAGCUCCAAUCAGAUACGAUAGCCUACUUUUUAGAACCCGUUUCGGUUAAGUUUUUGGACAAUUUUGUAAAUAGCCUUCGUUUGAUUCGAUUGUAUAAAUAUUUGGUAUUAGUUAAAGGAUCGUUUAGUUUGAGUUCCCACGUGAUAUUAUGUUGACCAGUUAGAGUAUGUAUUAUUUUCUCAAGUAUGCGACCAUUAUGAAAAGCUUGUAAUGCAAACAAACACACACGUAUAUGCAUUUUAAAGGAGCAAACUAAAGCAAAAUACAGACAUAUAUAUGAAGGAGGAACUAUAUAUAAUGAAUUAAUGUAUAAAACCCUAUAUAUUUGCUGUUUAUACACAAAUUUUCAUGUACUUGUAUCUUGUAUUGUUUAACUUAAAAAGAGCAGGCAACCGCCAGAUGAAAUUAUGAUACCAAAAAUAUGUGUGUGUUGAAGAAAGACCGUACAGUAUAUAGGAUAUAGGAGUCGUGAGGUAUAAGCUCAGCAGAAUUGCGAAAUCUCUAUAAAGAUAACGAUUAUUGUUAGAUUUAUAUAUAUACAAGCAACCAGAACUAUAUGCGAAUGAACUAUUUUACACACAAGAGUUACGAACCAUGAAAUCGGCGCUGCUAUUAAACAGCCGCCCCACAUUGUCAACUGUUGACAGCUUUUAAGGCUUCUCCCCCACAGACACCCCCUAAAGAACAGACAGUUUCGCUUCUAUAAUGCUCCCACUCGGAACCACCUGCUAAAGCUUCAAGCAACAAGUUACGGAACAACCAAUUGUAGUUUUGAUAAGAGUCUUAAAUUAGUACGCAAUGGCCACCUGUACAUUUCCCAACUAAAAAUGAAACCGAAAUUUUGCUUUGCUUGCGGAGAGAAUUACAAAUUUUAUUUGCAUUUUGCCUUCGGUUGGAGCACGAGCUUAGGUCAGGUUAAUGGAUCAAUUGGAGCUUCACUUGUGCGCGGAUCACAAGCCUCGAGGCUCCCAAAGUUGUUGAAGAGAUUGCUUUCGUUGGUGUCCGGAAAUGGACACGAAACGUUAAGCGAUCGUUCCUGGAUCGGAUAAUACGCAUUCCCUCGGGAAUCGUUUCGGAACUGAGUCGGCGUUUUGGGUUUGAGUUAAUUGUAGCAAAAUGUAAACAUUUGUUAAACUAUUGAAUUAAUUUCGAAUUGUAACAUAUUAGAGAAUUGUAAUUACAAUAAUCAUUAUACGAGCAAAUUAUAUUAUAUACCUACGAAAUAACCUAUUUUGGCCCAGUUUGAAUUUACCAACAAAGAAUUGCACACACCAAAAAUAUUAGCUAAGCGAGUUAACGAGCAAGAAACUCAACUUAUAUAUGCGUAUAUGGUACAAUACAUUUCAAAAUCUAUUUAAAUAUGUACAUCGGCUAUAUAUCAAUGUAUGUAAGAGAUGAUUGCCUGGCAACCGUUUCAAAUUACAGAUUAGCGAGCGGAGAGCAGAACCAAUGCGGAGAAAAUGAAGGGAAGUGAAUUGAAAACCUAUGCUAUGUGUAUGUAUAAUCCAAAACAAAUUGAUAUAUGCCAGGGCGUAUCACUAUUAAAGAAAUAUAAAAUAAAACGGCUUUAAAGAAAAUCUGUAAA